GCCAAACAAUCCCUUACCUUUCCCAUGGCGGUUUUCAGCCGUUGCUCCAGAGCCGCCACGGCUGUCAAAUCGCCGAACGCCGCCGCCGUUGCAGCAUUCUCUCACGUAAUUCGACCUCUCUUUCAUUCCUUUUCUUCUUCGACUCUUGAUCCCGAAACUGACCUCAACCGUAAUAAACCGGCCGGAUUGGGGACUCUGAAGAGAGAACCGAAGGGUAGAAAUGUCCAGUGGGUGUUUCUAGGGUGUCCCGGCGUUGGCAAAGGAACGUAUGCUUCUCGGUUGUCGAAUCUUGUCGGUGUUCCGCACAUCGCCACCGGUGAUCUCGUCCGUGAUGAGCUCGCUUCCUCUGGUUCCCUUUCUUCUCAGCUAAAGGAGAUUGUUAACCAGGGCAAAUUAGUUUCAGAUGAAAUUAUAAUAGAUUUACUUUCCAAACGUCUUGAAAAGGGAGAAGCUAAGGGUGAAUCGGGGUUCAUUCUUGAUGGUUUUCCUCGGACAGUAAGACAAGCGGAAAUAUUAGAGGGUGUGACGGACAUCGACUUAGUGAUUAACCUGAAACUCCGGGAAGAAGCAUUGCUUGCAAAAUGUCUUGGAAGAAGGAUUUGUAGUGAAUGUGGAGGAAACUAUAAUUUGGCUUCUAUCGAUAUCAAGGCUGAGAACGGGAGGCCUGGGAUGCACAUGAGUUCACUUCCUCCUCCUCCCGAGUGUGCAUCCAAGCUUAUUACUCGACCUGAUGAUACCGAAGAAGUUGUUAAGAACCGUCUCCGCAUAUACCAGUCGACGACUCGACCUGUAGAGGAUUUCUACCGCAGUCGUGGGAAAUUGUUAGAAUUCGAUCUUCCAGGAGGCAUCUCGGAGUCAUGGUUGAAGCUGCUCCAUGCUUUGAAUCUUGAAGAUCACGGCAACAAGCAAUCUGCAGCCGCAUGAUGUGUAUGAUCAUUUGAAGUAUUUGCAGGUAAAUUUGGUCAUUCUUUGCAUGCAUAUCUUUUUCAUGAAAAAAAGAAGAAAAUCUGAGAAGGAAGAGAGAAACAUUGAAUGUGCAAUAAAGCUAGACAGGUAUGAAGCCCUAAACUACUAAAGGUGGCAGUUUUGUACUUGCAUCUUAAAGAAUGUGCGAAGUAAGUUAUUGUUUGGGGGCUGGUGGGGGUAUUGUGUUAUUUAAGCCAUUAACAAGUACAUGUAUGUCCGCCAGCUUAAUGCCAAUGCCAUUUUCACUCU